AUGCAAGUCGUUCGAGUAAUCUUAUUCAUAGUAUAUGUGCCAUUAUUUUGCGAACUGCAGUAUACGUCACAAAUAUAUCCUGAUCCAAGGUUUGAUGCUUUCUCAUGCAAAAUUGUGGUGCCUGGACCAUUGUGUGAUCCAGACGAUAUCAUUAACUUUGGUGACAAAAAUGCUUUGAUUGAUCGAAUUAAUGAGCUUGUUUCCUCAACAACAUCGAUUGAAAAUUCUUCUCCAGCUUGCAAAAAUCAGCCAAAUAAGAAUUUACAAAUUAUUGUUGCUGUCGUUGAUAAAAUUGGACAAAUUUCCAAUUUACCGGUUGAUCUAGAAAAAUUUGCAAAUAAUCUUAAGAGUCGAUAUCAAAAUUUUCAAGAUCCAUCAUAUUGUGAUCAGUUGGUUCUUAUUGUCAAUUCUCGAAGUGAUCGCCAAGUGUAUACAGUUGCUGGUAAAGAUACUAAAUUAAGUAAAGCUAUUUUAAAAGCAGCUUUUGAAAAUAGUAUCGCAAAUUUUAGGGUAAAUUUUGCUGUUGCACAGUGUGGAAAUAAUCAAGAAAGAUUAAGUGGAUACGUCCGAGCUGUUGUUGAAAAUGCAAUGUCAAUAUCACUUCGUCUAUUAACUGAUAAACGUUACACGAAAAUAGAAGAAUAUAUUAAUGAUAAAAUGUUGGAAGAUGAUGGAGAAGCUUGGACGCAAGCAAAAAAUAAUUUCAUCGACGAUAUUUAUCGUAAAUAUUCAUUAACAAUAAGAACGAAAGCAAUAUAUCGAUGUCCAAUUAAAAAUUAUUUUUUUAACAAAAAAAGAGAGUGA